CCACCGUCCCGGAAGUGGGCUCGGGAGAAAGAAGGUAGUUGGUCUGGUGGAGAUAAGUUUAUGAGGAAUUAAAGUGCGGAUUCACAGAACUUUUUGUGGCGUGUGUUGUCCCGGACAGACUCGAAGGUUUUAGUCACUUCACCUGAAGGAGUUAGCUUCUCUGCUGAGCCCAGUCUGUUUGCAGUGGAGCAGAAGGUGGCUCUGAAGACGCCUGAGAAAGCCCGUCUGCGCUCUGCCUCGGUGGCCACCUUAGUGAUAAGCUGAUGCCUUAGUGGCUUAUCAUGGCCCAGCGGGCAGUGUGGCUUAUAAGCCACGAACCAGGAACUCCACUUUGUGGCAUUGUCAAAUUCUCCAGACGGUAUCCAACUGUUGAAAAAAGAGCUAAAGUCUUCAAUGGAGCAAGUUAUGUGCCUGUUCCUGAAGAUGGUCCCUUCCUGAAAGCCCUGCUUUUUGAACUGAGAUUGUUGGAUGAUGAGAAGGACUUUUUGGAGAGUCGUGAUAGCUGCUCGCACAUCAAUAAAACAUCCAUUUAUGGACUCCCAGUAGGAAGUGAAGAACUCUGGCCAGUUGUUGCUUUUCUAAAGAAUGGCAUGAUAUAUGCUUGUGUUCCACUGGUUGAACAAACGUUGUCCCCUCGUCCACCAUUAAUUAGCAUUAGUGGAAUUUCACAAGGCUUUGAACUUCUUUUUGGGGUACAGGAUUUUCUUUCCUCAGGUCAAAAAAAUGACACUGAGCUAAAUACCAAAUUGAGCCAGUUGUCUGACUUGCUUUUACAAACUUGUCCCUUUGGCACUUUGUUAGAUGCCAACUUACAGAAUUCGUUGGACAAUAUUAAUUUUGCUUCUGUUACUCACCCACAAAAACAGCCAGCCUGGAAAACUGGAACAUACAAAGGAAAACCACAAGUUUCUAUUUCUAUCACUGAAAAGGUAAACUCCAUGCAAUAUGAUAAACAAGAAAUAGCAGAUACAUGGCAGGUCGUUGGAGUUGUCACUUGCAAGUGUGAUCUAGAGGGAAGCAUGCCAAAUGUUACCAUUAGCUUGAGUCUCCCUACCAAUGGAUCUCCACUUCAGGAUAUUCUGGUUCAUCCUUGUGUGACGUCUCUUGACUCUGCCAUUCUGACUUCUAGUAGCAUUGAUGCAAUGGAUGAUUCUGCAUUUAGUGGACCAUACAAAUUUCCGCUCACUCCACCAUUAGAGUCAUUCAACUUAUGCUACUACACUUCCCAGGUCCCUGUUCCACCAAUUUUGGGUUUUUAUCAAGUGAAAGAGGAAGAAGUACAACUAAAGAUAGCAGUUAAUUUGAAACUUCAUGAAAGUGUGAAAAAUAGUUUUGAAUUCUGUGAAGCUCAUAUACCUUUUUACAACAGAGGUCCCAUCACACAUGUGGAGUAUAAAGCUAGUUUUGGCCAGCUUGAAGUAUUUCGAGAGAAAAGCUUAUUGGUCUGGAUUAUUGGACAGAAGUUUCCCAAAUCAAUGGAAAUUAGUCUUUCUGGAACUAUAACUUUUGGAGCCAAGAACCAUGAAAAGCAGCCAUUUGACCAGAUUUGCAUUGGAGGUACAGCAUAUUUAAAGCUUCAUUUUAGAAUCUUAGAUUACACACUCACUGGAUGUUAUGUUGAUCAGCAUUCGGUUCAAGUUUUUGCAUCAGGGAAACCAAAAAUAAGUACACACCGGAAGCUAAUUUCUUCUGACUAUUACAUCUGGAAUUCUAAAGCUCCUGCUCCAGUAACAUAUGGAUCAUUAUUACUGUAAUUGUCUCAUUUUUAAAUGGGAUUUAUACACUAGUAACAAGUUAAAUCAUAUUCUUUUAUUUUUAAUGCAUAUGCACAUAACCUGUAAUUGAAAAUCAUUUAAUUAUAAAUUUUUCUUGUUCAAUGUUUUUAGUCUGAUUUAGUUUGAAAGAACAUUUUAAAAACUAAUAUAUCCAGUUUUUUUUCCCCUUGAUUUUACUUAAGUAUGAUUCAGAGCAUAAAAUCUAGUGAUUCACUUUGAUCUCAUUUUAGACUAGUCUUGACUUUCCUUGCCAUAUGUGCUUCUUCCUGCCCCUGUGGCAGACAUGGCUAAUCAAUCACAGCCCUCUUUCUCCAUUGGGCAUUCCUGGAUUUGGAAUCAGGCUCCUUCUCAGUACAGAGCUGCAGGCUGCCACUGCCAAUGAAUUGUAGAUGAUGUGUAAGAUUAAAAAAACUAUUUGCUCUUGCAAACCUGAGUACUAAGUGCUAGUACAAUGCUUUGUAACAGAAUACCAGAGAACACAUUAGAAACAACUGUAAAUCUCUUGAGAAAAUAGCCAAUGAAAAUGAAGGAAAAUCAUUUAAAUAGUAACCUGUUUUUCUUUUUUUUUUGGUAUCUCAUUGUUUUAUUUUAUUUUUUUUUUUUUUUUUUUUAUUAGUUGGAGGCUAAUUACUUCACAACAUUUCAGUGGGUUUUGUCAUACAUGGAUAUGAAUCAGCCAUAGAGUUACACGUAUUCCCCAUCCCGAUCCCCCCUCCCACCUCCCUCUCUACCCGAUUCCUCUGGGUCUUCCUAGUGCACCAGGCCCGAGCACUUGUCUCAUGCAUCCCACCUGGGCUGGUGAUCUGUUUCACCAUAGAUAAUAUACAUGCUGUUCUUUCGAAACAUCCCACCCUCACCUUCUCCCACUGAGUUCAAAAGUCUGUUCUGUACUUCUGUGUCUCUUUUUCUGUUUUGCAUAUAGGGUUAUCGUUACCAUCUUUCUAAAUUCCAUAUAUAUGUGUUAGUAUGCUGUAAUGUUCUUUAUCUUUCUGGCUUACUUCACUCUGUAUAAGGGGCUCCAGUUUCAUCCAUCUCAUUAGAACUGAUGAUUCAAAUGAAUUCUUUUUAACGGCCGAGUAAUAUUCCAUGGUGUAUAUGUACCACAGCUUCCUUAUCCAUUCAUCUGCUGAUGGGCAUCUAGGUUGCUUCCAUGUCCUGGCUAUUAUAAACAGUGCUGCGAUGAACAUUGGGGUGCACGUGUCUCUUUCAGAUCUGGUUUCCUCAGUGUGUAUGCCCAGAAGUGGGAUUGCUGGGUUAUAUGGCAGUUCUAUUUCCAGUUUUUUAAGAAAUCUCCACACUGUUUUCCAUAGUGGCUGUACUAGUUUGCAUUCCCACCAACAGUGUAAGAGGGUUCCCUUCUCUCCACACCCUCUCCAGCAUUUAUUGCUUGUAGACUUUUGGAUAGCAGCCAUCCUGACUGGCGUGUAAUGGUACCUCAUUGUGGUUUUGAUUUGCAUUUCUCUGAUAAUGAGUGAUGUGGAGCAUCUUUUCAUGUGUUUGUUAGCCAUCUGUAUGUCUUCUUUGGAGAAAUGUCUGUUAAGCAACUCUUGAAGCUCAAUUCCAGAAAAAUAAAUGACCCAAUCAAAAAAUGGGCCAAAGAACUAAACAGACAUUUCUCUAAAUAGUAACCUGUUUUUAAUAAGAACUAUCCUACUGACUAAUAAAGAAUCUGCAUAAUUCUAUUUACAGUGCUUAUCUCUGUUCUGGAGUUACUUUUCAGGCAAACUUAUUAAGCUGCAACAGUAACAUCUUGUUUAGGAUGUCAGUAAGCAUAUUAGGAGGUGUGGGAUACCUUCUGAAGAUGAGCAUAGUGUUUUGUGAUUACUGAAUAUCUGCAGCCAAAUUUUUAAAGAUAAAUUUAGAUAUAGUAUUGGCUUUUCUCUGUUUUAUUAUAAUUCAUUAAUGGAUGAAUUCAGGUUAAAAUUGAAAAGCUAUUUUAUGGGUGUAGAGUACCACUUAAUCAUAUUUCAGUUUCAUGUAGCACAUUGUCUUUACAUCUGUCACUCUUGUUUCCUUAUUGGCAUGCUCUGGGUUUCUUUAGGAACCAUCCAAUCAUACUCUAUCCUCUACCUGUUUUUACAAUUAUGUAUCACAUUCUGUUUUCAUAGUAGCUUAUUGUCAAGUUGGACUUUAAAGGAAAGAUGAAAUGCAAGAAAAGAUGAAAUCUCAAGAUCCUCAAAACUUACUCCAUGUCAAGUUUCUUUUUACAGAACAGAAGAGUUAUAAAAAAUAUGCAUCACAAAUUAAUCAGUUAAAUAGUAUCUUAGUUUCUUUUUUAUGAGUCUCUUAAGGAAAAGCUUAGAAAAAGCUGCAAACUUCGUGAAAGCUAUGAUACUUUGAAAUGAGAUUGCAUAUUAAUUUAGGAUUUGAAAUAUGAUUUUUAAAAUUAAGGUCAAAAAUAAAUAAAUAAAAUUGAGGUCAGUCCUACUCAUUAUAAAUUCCUUUUCUGCAAAGCAUUAUGGCAUAAUGUUCUAUGUUCAAAAUUAUCCCAAGUAAUGAAAAUAGAGUAAAUUCCAGACCAGGACUUUAGCUUGUUAUUCUAGGCUAAUCACAGAUAAUCAGUAGUGAAAAACUUUCCUUUUGAAAGAAGAAAUCAUUUCCCUUAAGUUUUUUUUAAUCUCUUAAACUCAAGCAAAGUUUAACAUUUCACUUAUAUUAAUGGAGCUAUUUGUACAUCUUGAUUGUAUAAAUGUUUAUCCAAGUAUAAAACAGGGAAGAGGCAUUUCUCUAGUGAGUGGGCUGAGAUUCCAUAUAAUAAACCACUAGGUAAAACUUUAUAAGCAAUCGGAAAAACCAGUGAAUCUUUGCUCUGACAUUUCUAGAAACCUGAGGAAAAUCUAAGAAGUACUGGAGAAGUAUAGGGACGAUGGGGAACCUGAUGCCAUCUGUUGCCAUUCCAUUCUAACAUACCGCUACAGAACUUAAACUAACUCAUGUUUUCAUCCUGUUGAGAUCAGCUGGGCACACUGUGAUGCUUUUGAUUUUGUCUAGAAACCUGUCACUUCAGGAUAAUUUCUGAAGACAAAGUCUGUUUCCCGUUUGGUAGGUGACCUGUUUAAUGUUUUCUCUGUGUCUGGGAACUCCUUAGUGUAAUUAGCGACCUUUGAACUCCACAACUAAUCCUGAGCUAUUUUGUAUUCCUUACUCAUCUUUAAGGCUGGACCUUUCUUUUCUUCAGAGUCCGCUGCCACAAUUAAAGAAGAAACAGCUGCAUUUCAAAGGGAUUCCGAUUCCAGAAGCUUAAUCGUGAUUGACAUGUUCUUAUUCUAAGCUAUAAGACACUCUAAGAGUCCUUUCUUGGGUUAAAACUUCAAUCAUUUUCUAAAAAAUUAUCCCACUAUGGAUUUUAUUCAUUUUCUUUGAUAACUAUUCUUUGCAUUUUUUAACUUGAAAGAUGCUGUGCAUUUGCACUGAAUAUGAGCACCUACUUCCAGUUGAAGAUUUGGAUGGUGUCAGACCUACUCCAGAGGCAGAAUUGCUAAAUUCCCUUUUAGUGCCAAAAUAUGAUUAUGAAAUCUGAUGUCUAUCAUAUGGGUGAUUAUUCUUCAGUAGACCCAAAAUAUACAAAAAGUGUUAAAUUUCUGAAAAUGUACUCCAGAAAAGAUAGUUCAUGAUUUUGAUAAAACUCUUCAUUUCUUUAUUUUUUACAAACAGUAUUUUUUAAACUUUUUAAAGUCAGUAGUACCCUUACAGUGUAAAUCAGUCCCCUCACAGUGGUGGGCAAUUUUUACCAUUUACUUUUUAAAUAAUUAAUUCAAAUGUCAGGUUUGAAGUAAAUAACCUGUCAGGAAUUCUUAAAUUAUUUGUUUAAAAAAUUUUUAAUUAAACAUUAGUCUUAUAAAGUUAAUUUAUUCACACUAACUCAGUAUUUCUAGUGAUUUAAAACUGCAGUUUUAUACAUCAUAUGGUUUAAGGUGUUUCAAAGCACAAUUUUAUACAUAGAACAACUGCUAGUAUUUUUCUUCUAGUUUUUAUUGUCAUAUUUCAGAAUCCUUUAUAGACAUUCAUGGACUCCUGCACCACCCCUGGGAGGUAGGUAGGUCGAGUUAUCAUCUAGAGUCUCUGUUGGGACCGCUGCCACAGCACAAUGGUUGUUUCUAAGACAAAGGUCAGAAAAGGGAUGUUAAUAAACAGUCCUCAGGUUUAAGGGACUUUUUUAGGAUUACAUCUUAAAUUCCAACAAAUCAGAUUUAGGAGUUACUGAAAGUGAAAUUGAUCCAUCCCUCAUCCAAACUUUGCAAUACUUUCCUGUUCUGACAUCAUUUAGAUAGUUAGCUGUAUUAUCAGAUUAGAAACCAUUGUACCAGCCUGCUGAAAGGAAAAGGAGGCAAAAAGCUAAACAUGGGAUGAAUUCUGAACCUUUUAACCUGGCUGAAGUACGUUGGUCCCUGUUAUGCAAAUACCUUCAAUCCUCUGCUAAGUUCAGUGGAAAUAAUUUUCUUGAAUGACAGGUUUAUUCAGCAAGGAUUCAGUUGGUGAUUAAUCCCCCUUUGAUCUAGGGUAUUUCACUUAACUACCAGUUACCUCGUUCUGACAAAGUGCAACUGAGAUUAGGGAGAUCACUAGAACACUACCAGGGUGUGCAUUUAUUCUCCAUAACCUUUUAAAGCAAGGGCCAAGAAUGCAAUUUAUUUUCAGUAUUUGAAGAUGUAAAAGUCCUGCCUGCUAAGUUAGAAAGUCAAUUGAAUACCAAAUGAAGUUUAUUUCUUACGUAAUAGAACAAACGUUUCUUUUUACUUUGCCCAACAAUGAUUUUAGGAAACUUAGGCUUUGAAGUAACAAAGACUACAUUCUAAGUAUAUCUUCUAGUUUUGUUUCAUAUACUAGAGUGUAUAUACAUCGGCCCUGCGAUAACCCAAAAAUCAAAGCUGCAGCUUAGGCUAAGAGAAAUGCUUCUAUUUUAUGAAACUGCACAGUUUCUCCCCAUCUGCCCCCAUUAAAAACUGUCAUGGAAUGUGGUAAAUCCAAUUGGGGAAAACACGUCAUGAUAUACAAUUACUCAUCUUAAGACUUCUGAUUUCAGAGCUUUAUUUAACUUCAUCCUUUCUUGAAAAAGCUUAUGUUCCCAUCAUGAAUCAGAUCUUUUUCAUAAAGAAAGAUACCAUUACAAAAAUACUUCAAACUCAUUAUUUUAAAUUUAUCAAAAUAACUGUUUUCCACAGUAUUGCUUACUGUUUUACUAAUUUUUCUGCCUUUUUCUUGCUUAACUGGGUAUCCUUCUUCCAUAACUUUCACCUUUGAAAUAUUCUAUGAAAAUAUGUACAAUAUUUGAAGGAUAAACUUGUAAGAUGUUUCAUGCUAGAUUUCUCAAAAAAUUCACUUUGUAAAACUAUUAUCAACAUCAGUGUCAGUGUUUACCUUGCCAGAUGUCAAAUUUGGAGAUUUAUCUCUCGAGUAUAUUUUGAGAACCUUAAAAGUAGGAACAAUGAUGAAUAACAAAAUUUGUUUUUAAAUAGUAAAUUCUUAAUGACUAGUGUUAUUAUUAUAGACAAAGCUUUUUUAAACACUUUAUAGUUGUUCAUUAUUCUAGUAUUAAUUUGUAGGUUAUAUAUUUGUAUUAUUUUCUUAUACAUCUUUUUGGCUCAGAAUUUUAUAUUCCAAUUUCUAAAUAGAAACAGUGACUCAAAUAAAGGCAUAUCUAACUUACAUUGGUGCCAAAUGAGCAUCUCUAAUUUUAAUUUGAUAACUAAACUUUCUGAAUAUCUUUUAAUAGCAAGUUACUUAAUCAUGGUAAAACUGAGGAUCAUAAAAAAUAUAAGAUAGAAGGCAGGAUCCCUGACCAUGUUGCUAAGAAACUACAAUAGUAUUUUUAAUAAUUAUACAGUAAAUUUUUAGUUAACAUUGCAAUAUAUUUUGAAAUAUGCUAUCAGAGAAAGAAUAUAUAUAAAACAUAGAUGUUUAUGUGCAUGUGUUUAUAUAAUUAGAUGUUAGUGUGUCCAACUUGGAAGGUUUCCCUAUGAAAUAAUUCAUUAACGUGUCAGGAAGAAGAAUAUUCGAAGCCAAAUAUUCAAAUUUCUUCCAUCUCACCACACUUACUAGUAAUGAAGAGAAGCAUAAAAUGAGUAUUGCCAAAGAACUCUUGAGGUUACUUUUAUAAAAUGGUUAAAACUAGUAUGAGUUGAAAGUUUCUCAACUAUUAUUAUCAACAGCUGUUUUAUGGAUAUGAUAACAUUAUUGUCCAUAAAUAGGUUGGAGCAGUGGAAUGCCUUACCUGUAUUACUAGUUUACUGCUUUGAAAGCAGAUUUUUCUGAGGUCCAGAUUGACUUCUCUCAGGCCUUGGCCAAUCUGUGUAAUUGAUGGCAGUGUAGUGUUUAAUAUUUGAUGCACAGCAUUUACAGAUGGACAGAUGUCAUGGAAUGGAAACCACCUGCUAAAUUGUUUUUCCAGUAGGACAUGUGAAAAUUUGUAUAUCUUAAUAUUCCAUUAAACAUUUAAAAUGAA